CCCCUCAAGUGUCAUUUUCUCUCAUAUACUUCACACGAAAGAAACAACCAUUCACUUCUCAUACCUUGUCAUUUCUUCCUCUUUCUCUCUCUUUCUCUCUCUUUCUUUCUUCCUUUCUUUUCAAUCUCAAAACUCUGCAACUACUCCUCCUAGCUCUAAAUAUUUGAUUAAAUCCCAUAUCAACCUCUUCCAUACCUCAGAAAUCAUCAAUCCUUUUACUUAGAUCACAUCAAACAUUCCUUUUCUUGAGGAUAGUAAGUGAAAAGGAGAGAGGACGGUGGGUGUAAACGAUAGCUUGAAGGGAUUUUGAGAUGGAGUUGUUCCCAGCUCAACCAGAUUUGUCUCUACAAAUCAGUCCACCAAACGCUAAAUCUGCUUCAACAUGGAGAAGAAGUACUACUGAAGAAGAGAUAGAUUUGGGGUUUUGGAAGAGAACUUUGGACUCGAGGAACUCCAUGUCUUCAAUGGCUAAGCCAGAUAGUUGUUUUGAACUUUCUUUAUCGAACCCAAGGAUUUCUGAGUCCAACUCAAACCAGUUUCACAUCCUUCAAAACAAUAACAAUUGUAAUGGUAAUCUUUUUCACUCUUUCCACCAAAACCAUUACCCCACUCUCCACCAAAACCAACUUCAUAACCCAGUUCUUUAUCAUCACCACCAUCUUCAUCAUCGUCAACAUCAUCAACAACAACAACAACAAGGGCUCAGCCAGGAGCUUGGUUUCUUGAGACCCAUAAGGGGAAUUCCUGUCUACCAAAAUCAUCCUGCUGCUUCUCCUCCUUUCCCAUUUCCUCAACAACCUUUGGAUUCUUCUUUAGCUACUUCUCCUUCUUCUUUGGCUACUCAUAACACUAAUACCUCAAGUUUGAGUUCCUUUCAGUCUCAAGGGCUCAUGAGAUCGAGAUUUAUGCCGAGGUUUCCAGCCAAACGCAGCAUGAGAGCACCAAGGAUGCGGUGGACUACCACACUUCAUGCCCGCUUUGUUCAUGCUGUUGAGUUAUUGGGUGGCCAUGACAGAGCUACUCCAAAAUCAGUCCUUGAGCUAAUGGAUGUCAAAGAUCUUACCUUGGCUCAUGUGAAAUCUCACUUACAGAUGUAUCGAACUGUGAAGACCACCGAUAGGACAGCAGCUACUUCAGGACAAUCGGAUGCCUUUGAAAAUGGAUCAUCCGGUGAUACUUCUGAAGAUUUGAUGUUUGAUAUUCAUCACUCGAGGAGGCUCGAGUUAUCUAUGCAAAACGUGCAUCAAGAGAAGGAAUACCACGGCCUCUGGAGCAAUUCUUCAAGCAGGGAAGCUUGGCUGCAUGGGAAGCAAAAGGAUUCUAAUGGAAACCUUCCUUCUCUUGAGGAUAUGGAUCCAAAGAACUUGAGCUACGAAGGAAUAUCAGAUGUAAGCUCACCAAAUCUUUCAGGGGCAAGCCCCAAGAAGCCUAAUCUGGAGUUUACUUUGGGAAGGCCACAUUGAAAACUUCUCCCAAACUACUCGUUUUGAAAUGAUUAAAAUCUCUCUCAAGGGAGCUGGUAAGGAGAAUCAGGUACCCGCUGAGAAAAUUAGAGAGAAAAAGGAAAGCUUUUAAAAGAAAAAGAAAAGAAAAAGAGAGGAAAAGAACGACAGAAAGCAACAAAAGGAAGAGGGUGAGAAAAAGCCAAUGUCCUUAUUUCUAUCUAGCUAGCAAUCAAGCUGUGAGAUCCAAAUCAAAUAUUUUAUUCCUACGUAAAUAUGAAAUCUAAUUGAUUUUUGUAUGUUUUGCACUCAAGAGAGAGACAACUUUAGAUAGAGAGUGACAACCCUUUAACUAUCUUUAUAAGUAUCAAAAGAUCCUUGGUAAUUGUAUUGGAGAGAGCACUUUACAUUUUACCAAUUAUAUUUUAUAUACUUUCCAACCAUUAAGGGAUUAUAUA